UUUGAUCCGCCAUGACCUUCAAAGUCAUCAUCGUGGGUGGCGGCCCCGUUGGGCUCUAUAUGGCCUACGCCUUUGAGCGAGCCAACAUCGACUACGUGAUAUUAGAACAACAAGAUACCGUCCUGAACAUCUCAGGCCAACUUCUCUUCACCUGGCCCCAAAAAGUACGCCUCUUCGACCAAAUCGGCCUCCUCGCGGACCUUGAAAAGGUUGCUUUGGGCAUCCACCACAAGAAGCGUCUCUUCGGCGACAAUGGCCAAGUAACCACCACCGGCAACUUCUGGGAUGCCAUGCAAAACAAGUCAGUUCUCUAG